CGGAGCAGCAUCACAAACACAAACACAUGAUGUACAAUGUGCAGAAAAGUGAGCGGAGUUUGGUUUGAUGGAAAAACGAACAGUGAAGGAAAAAACGCAGAAACACGAAAAACAGCGUCGCUGAGUUUUUUUCCAUAAAUCUGAAAAAUUGAAAUUGGUUUAAAGUCUCUGAGUCGAUCUGGUCCAGAGACCCGAGGCCUGGACCACGAAGCAAGUCCAGCACAGCCAGGACGUGUCUUCAUUAUCUGUCUUCACUGAGUCUAACACAGACCGUCCUGCAUCACCUGGACCAUGAAGCAGUCUGAGGCGGCAGCAGAAACAGAGCGAGGCCCAGAGGAAGAAGAGGAGGGAGGAGGAGAGGGAGAUGAAGACGAGGGUAAAGAGUCAGGAGGAGGAGGAGAAGGAGAGGUUGCCAUGGAAAUCCCCAGUGCUCCUGUUUACUGUAUCUGCAGGAAACCAGACAUCAACUGUUUCAUGAUAGGCUGUGACAGCUGCACUGAGUGGUUUCAUGGAGGAUGCAUUGGUGUUUCAGAGAAAGCAGCUAAAUCCAUCAGAGUCUGGUACUGUCCGUCCUGCAGAGACAGAGACUCCUCUUUGGAGAUUAAGUUCCGUCCAAAGAAGACCAAGGAGAAGGAGGAGAAAGAGGCGGAGCCGGACAGAGACGACAAAGCCGAUGGAGAUGGAAGCUCCACCCCCCAGCCCAAGACUGACAGGAGGCGGGGCUCACAGAUCAAGCGCUCAGCCAGGAUGUGUGGGGAGUGCGACGCCUGCCUGAGGACUGAGGACUGCGCUCAGUGUGAUUUCUGCAAAGACAUGAAGAAGUUCGGAGGUCCGAACAAAAUCCGACAGAAGUGUCGACUCAGGCAGUGCGAGGUCCGAGCCCGGAAGAUGCUUCGGGUCAGAGACGAGGAGAUGACUCGGAGCGGUGGCAGGGGGCGGGGCAUCCCGAGGAAAGGGGUGGGACAUCAGACGGAGGAGGAGGAGGAGGAGGAUGAGGAGGAGGAGGGGUUCAGCGAGAGCGAACUGGAGCUGUACAAGCAGUACAAAGCUGCCGGUUACAGAGACCUGGUGUGGCAUAGCGAGGAAGAGGACACCCAGUCGGACUCUCUGAGGAAGAAGGCAGUGAAGGUGAAACACGUGAAGAGGCGGGAGAAGAAGAUGGAGAAGAAGAAAUCUGUGUCCGUUCCGAAAGAAGAAGUGAAGCCUCGGCGUCACAAAGCGAAGCAGCGUCACCGGGAGCGUGUGCGGCACAGCGAGCGAGCAGGAGAGGGCGGAGUCAAAGAGGCGGGCGGGGCUCUGAGGCAGUGUCUGGGUCCUGGAUGCAUCGAACCGGCGAGGACCAACUCCAAAUACUGCUCUGAGGACUGCGGCAUGAAGCUCGCCGCCAAUCGGAUCUAUGAGAUCCUGCCUCAGAGGAUCCAGCAGUGGCAGCAGAGUCCAUGUGUGGCUGAGGAGAUGGGGCGCAGACAGCUGGAGCGAAUCAGGAGGGAGCAGCAGGCGGCGAGGCUCCGCCUCACGAUGAUGGAGAAACGCUUUCAUGAGCUCGAAGGCAUCAUCGCCAACGCCAAGCUGCAGCAAGUCCAACACCACGAGGAGGUGACUGAAGGUGAUGGUGAUGAUACAGACCUUCAGAUCUUCUGUGUUUCCUGCAGUCACCCCAUUAACCCGAAGGUGGCGCUGAGACACAUGGAGAGAUGUUACGCUAAGUAUGAGAGUCAGACAUCGUUUGGUUCCAUGUACCCGACACGUAUAGAGGGAGCCACCAGGUUGUUCUGUGAUGUGUAUAACCCUCAGAGUAAGACGUACUGUAAGCGGCUGCAGGUGCUAUGUCCUGAACACUCCAGAGAUCCAAAGGUCCCAGCGGACGAGGUCUGUGGUUGUCCUCUGGUUAAAGACGUCUUUGAGCCGACCGGAGAAUUCUGUCGCGUUUCCAAGAGGAAGUGUAACAAACAUUACUGCUGGGAGAAACUCCGCCGAGCCGAGGUCGACCUCGAGAGAGUCCGAGUGUGGUAUAAACUGGACGAGCUGUUCGAGCAGGAGAGGAAUCUGAGGACAGCCAUGACCAAUCGAGCCGGUUUAUUGGCUCUGAUGCUGCACCAGACCAUCCAGCACGACCCAAUCACUACAGACCUGCGCUCCACCAAGGACAGGUAGACAGGUGGAGACAGACAGACAGACAGACGGUAUAGAGAGAAAGAUAGACAGGUAGAUUUAUCCCCACGUCCCUUGAUGGAUUUGGAUGAAUGGUCCAAUCGUCUGUUUUAUAUGUGCAUGUUAAUAUUUCAGUCUGAGAUCACAAACCAACAAAAUGCAUUGUGGGAAACAGAAGCACAUUGCAUUCACUAAAAAUAAGGGAGACCAUGUCUCAUCAUUAUGACUCAUAUGAUGGAGAUCUUCAUGUGAGGAGGUCGUCUGUGUGAGUUCUCACUGCUGCAGCUGAACCACAGGUUUCAGUCAGAAGAUGGUUUUGUUGAAUGAGACUCUUGUAUUGUUAAUGAGUCUUUGCAUCGUGACGGUGAGAGUGAAAUAGGGAAGUAGAGCUAGUUUUGCUGUUACUGUGAUAGAAGCACUUUGUAACUCAGAUCGUUUCAUUUUCAGAUCCAGAUUUUGUAAAUGCCAGAUGUUUUUUCUUGGAAUUACAAAAUAAGGAUUUUGUUGUUGAUGUAGUUGUGAUGAGAUACAGAUUGUGAUUCAGAGGAAGGAUCACAGAUACAGAAUGAUGACCUUCCUCAGCACAGUGUUUCCUGCUCAUUCAUCUGAUCCCAGAUCAGCUCAGUCGUCAGUCCGAGGCCAUAAACCUGAACCACUGACUCCUGUAACUACUAAUGAUAAAGAACAAACAGUAUUAACACUCAGCCGUGAGGUCUCCUGUAGAGCUCAGGUCUCAGACCCACACUGCACACUACGUUACUACCACCCUACCCACAAUCCACUGCAAACCAGCCCCGGCACACUGACAGAGUGUUCCUGCAGGUGAACUGACGUCAGGCCCGGUUUCAUUAAAGCACCGUGAAGGUGCGUGACUCACACAGGAACACUACACGCAGCUGACACUCUAACAUGUUCAGGUUUUAUUGCACUUAGUUUUUAUCCACACUUUCUUUUCUCUGCAUCCUUUUAUAUCUGUGUUUUUAUACUUUAUUAUUUGUUCAUAUCGUUUUCAUUAAAAACUGAUGAUGUUUUCAGA